GAGUAUCCUGCUGUCGGCGCCCAAUCUGUUGUUUCCGGCCCCUUAAAUCCCUCCAUAGAUUUUUCCUCUCCACCCUCGAGUACCCUUUCCUCUCCCUCCCCGAUCCCUUCCUCUCCAACGCCGCUCUCAUGCUCCGUCCUACCCAAGCUCCAAUCCAGCCCAAUGCGGCUCUAAAAUCUCCCCUAUAGUCAGCCACCGCUGUGCCCUGGAGCCGCGUGGCUUAGCGUCACCGCCGCCCCAACUCUUCCGCGCCUCUCACGCGCGCCGCCGCCACCGACGGCGUUCCCGUUCCCCAUCGUCGGCGUCCCUGCUGCCCCUACCUUGUCCGUAAUCCUGCUGGACAUUGAUUUUCAAGUGUGUGAUUCCUCAGGGUAAACCAUGGCCAUGAAGGGUGUUUCUGGAGAAAACAGGACCAGAACCACUGUGUCCAUAUGCAUAGUGAUUGGCAUGUGCUGCUUCUUCUACAUCCUUGGGGCGUGGCAGAAAAGCGGUUUUGGAAAGGGGGACAGCAUUGCUCUUGAGAUCACCAAGCGGACUGAUUGCACUAUGUUACCUAACCUUAGCUUUGACACACACCAUUCUAAAGAAGGCAGUUCCAGUGAUCUUGUCUCACCAGUCAAGAAGUUUAAGCCAUGCCCGGAUCGCUUCACGGAUUACACCCCUUGCCAAGAUCAAAAUAGAGCGAUGAAAUUUCCUCGGGAGAACAUGAAUUACAGAGAGCGACAUUGCCCACCACAGAAAGAAAAGCUGCACUGCCUGGUACCACCACCUAAGGGAUAUGUUGCUCCAUUCCCAUGGCCAAAAAGUCGUGACUUUGUUCCUUUUGCGAACUGUCCCUAUAAGAGCUUGACCGUUGAGAAAGCCAUACAGAACUGGGUGCAGUACGAGGGCAAUGUCUUCAGAUUUCCCGGUGGAGGGACACAGUUCCCUCAAGGCGCGGAUAAAUACAUUGACCAAUUGGCAUCAGUUAUUCCAAUUGCCAAUGGAACUGUCAGGACUGCAUUGGACACUGGUUGCGGGGUGGCUAGCUGGGGAGCUUACUUGUUAAAGAGGAAUGUUUUGGCCAUGUCAUUUGCGCCAAGAGAUUCCCACGAAGCGCAAGUGCAGUUUGCUCUCGAGAGAGGUGUCCCAGCUGUUAUUGGUGUUCUUGGCACAAUUAAACUCCCUUAUCCAUCAAGAGCCUUUGAUAUGGCACAUUGUUCCAGGUGUUUGAUUCCAUGGGGAAUAAAUGAUGGACUCUACAUGAUGGAAGUUGAUAGGGUUCUAAGACCUGGUGGAUACUGGGUGUUGUCAGGUCCUCCAAUUAAUUGGAAGGUGAACUACAAGGGUUGGCAGCGUACAAAGGAGGAUCUUGAGGCAGAGCAGAACAAGAUAGAGGAAAUUGCUGAGCUUCUAUGUUGGGAGAAGGUCUCAGAAAAGGGUGAGACGGCAAUAUGGAGGAAAAGGAUAAAUACUGAAUCAUGUCCUUCUAGGCAAGAAGAACCCACUGUGCAGAUGUGUGAAUCCACAAACGCAGAUGAUGCCUGGUACAAGAAAAUGAAGGCAUGUGUGACACCUCUUCCUGACGUAGAAAAUGCAAGUGAAGUUGCUGGAGGAGCAAUCAAGCCCUUCCCAAGCAGGCUCAAUACAAUUCCCCCAAGAAUUGCUAAUGGGUUAAUUCAAGGUGUUUCAACUCAGGCCUACCAAAAAGACAACAAAAUGUGGAAGAAGCAUGUGAAGGCUUAUAGCAGUGUGAACAAGUAUUUACUUACUGGUAGGUACAGAAACAUCAUGGACAUGAAUGCAGGAUUUGGGGGAUUCGCUGCAGCGAUCGAGUCCCCAAAAUCUUGGGUGAUGAACGUGGUGCCAACCAGUGCAAAGAUUGCAACCCUAGGGGCUGUUUAUGAGCGAGGAUUAAUUGGCAUUUACCAUGACUGGUGUGAAGCUUUCUCUACUUAUCCAAGGACCUAUGAUCUUAUCCACGCUAGCGGCCUUUUCACCUUGUAUAAAAACAAGUGCAGCAAUGAAGAUAUUCUCUUGGAGAUGGAUCGCAUCUUGAGGCCAGAAGGUGCUGUCAUAAUGCGAGAUGAUGUUGAUGUCUUGAUGAAGGUGAACAAGCUCGCUCGGGGCAUGAGGUGGAACACGAAGCUGGUCGACCACGAGGAUGGUCCUCUAGUGCGCGAGAAGGUCUUGUACGCUGUGAAGCAGUAUUGGGUUGGUGGAAACCAGACGGCUGCGUCCUAAGGGCACGUAUUCUAACACGGGAAUUCUGGGAUCCAUCCUUGAAACUGACGUCUAGGAGCUGCAAUAGGGAGUCAUCACGUGACAACGAAAAUGGCAUACGCUUCUCUGGGUUAGCAAUGAAGCAACUGAUGUUUCUUGCUUGCUCGUGAUCGCUAGCCGUAUAUUGUUGUAACAAUUUUUUUAUUUAAUUUCAUUUGUCACUCAGUAUGAACUAGUUACUCUUCUUAAUUGAAAGAUUGCUUGUCAUGAAAAUCUGUUGCAUCGGAAUUCUGUAGUUUUACUUGCCACGACUUCUGAAAGUUUGCUUUAUGUAUUGUUGUUUAGUCAUGUAUGGUUGUAUAGUUGCUUCUUCUGUGUUAUCCCUCUGAAACAGAAGAACAAAUAACUUGUAGUUGGCAUGUAAUUAGAAGAGACAUUUUCUAUGCAUUAAAAAAAAUAUAGUUUUCUUCCUA